AACUGCAGAAAAUACCACGAGCACUAAGUACAUUUUAACUUUUACAUGAUUUAAAAUGGCGCCAACCGUUCAGGAUGGGCAAAAGAGCAGAGAUCAAGAGCGGAGGUGAGCUUUGAUUUCCUUAGCGUUGCAAUCUUCGGGUCGUAAAUCAGUGUAAACAAUCGGGACUUAGUAUUCACGCUGCCGUCGAACUACAAACACGUACCAUUCAAAUUGAUAUAAGAUGGCUCUUCAUAAGUUUUGUGAAUUAUCCGUUAAGCUAUGAAUAUCUUGGCGAAUUUGAUCAGAAAGGUGGCUGUAAACCCAACCUUCUAAUUUCUUUCCAUCAAAACAACGUACAUCAUUUAAUAUUAUAAUGUGCAUUAAAUACUUCACUUCAGUAAGCUUAUGUAUCGGUCAAAUCGAAGCUUCAACAUGCCCCCCCGGGCAACCCCCCGGGCAUUUGACUUUUUUGAAAAUUAUUGUUCAAAUUCCCCCCUACCCGGGCCAAAAUGCCGUUCAAAUGCCCCACAGUAGGGUCCAUUCAGGUGAACAAAUGCCCCCACCUCAGGGACAUUUCACAGGCACAUAAUGACAGAAGGACGGCAGAAACGCCUUCAGUUGCCGAACAAAAUCUUUAUAAAUACAGAUUCAAUAUAACAAAAACUGAGAAACACUGUUAGCAUAUUUACUACAAACAAACUUCUCGUGCAAAGCGGCGGAAAUCGCUGCUACAAGGUCACUGAAUGCUCAGCUUUUCUUCGUGUGUCAUGCAACAUAGAAAACGUUCUAUAAAAAAACUCCCACCUACUACAUCAUGACCAUUUCACUGACAUCAAUCAUCGCUCACCUUAUACAUGCGGCAGGUCAAAGUAAUAUUGAUCUCUGUUGAGCUUUUUAUUGUUGCAUUGAAUGGCUGGUAGUAGGUCAUUGUAAACACAACUUUUAUACAUUCAUGUAUUCAAAACCAAGCUUGUUUAAGCCCUUUCCUCGUAACCAAUUGGCCACAAAGGCACAAUCUUUUCCACGAAAAUCCCCCAACACCGCGUCCCCCAUGAUAGCCCACCACGCAAGAGAUUUCACAUGAAAUCGUGGGUGCAGUUCAAAUUCCCCACCCCUAACGCAUGGAGAUCAAAUUCCUCACCCCCUGGAAGACUCUGAUAAUCAAAUUCCCUCCUCCCCGAGACGGCAAAGGUGUCAAAUGCCCGGGGUUUGCCUUGGGAGGGGGGGGGGGCAUGUUGAAGCUUCGAUUUGACUGAUACAUUAGUGCCUAAUUUCAUGCCCAAAGGGAACUGACGUUUGAUUGGUUGAAAUUUUGUAUCCUUCCCCGACCUUAUCCAUGUAUUCAGUAACAAAAUGAGAGAGAACUUAUACACAAAAUUUACCUUCCAUGAAUUAAGAAGAGGAGGGACUAUUAGAUCAUGGCAUUAUGAAUUUAUUCCAGCUUGAAUGAGUGUUUCUAUAUGGCGCUUUAUUUAUGUAUGUUUUUUAAUGAAACGAGUGGGCCCCAGUUGUUGAAAAGGUGGAUAACACAAUACAUCGGAUGAAUCACUAUCCACUGAAAAGUAUUAGGAGAACUAGUAACAUGUGAUAAUUGCUUUCUCCACUGAUUGUGAUUUGUCCAGUGAGUAAAAAUGUUAUUAUCCAACUUUUUAACAACUGGGGCCAGAAUAAUAAAUUAUGUUUGAUGUACCGAAAAGUUACUUAAAUGUUAGGCCAACAAGUUUGACUGGCAGUCAUUGCACUCAGCAGGUUAUGAAUGUGAAAUUUACCCAUACUUGUCUUUUUCAGGCAGAGCUCAUUGCGUUCAACAGUCAGGUAGGAAUAAUUGUUAGUGUUGGUGGUGUAUUCAAAGCCAAGACAGAAUAAAAUCUGCAGUUUUCAGCAAUAUACUUGAUACAAACAUUUUUAAUGAGCUUGAAAACACUCUUUUUGGAGUUAAAAUUGGCAUUUACAUGUACUGUAAAGUUGAGAAUGUGUUUAAGUGAGUCUGUGCAUUAUUCCAAACUGAAUUAGAAUUUGGAAGUGUUGGUUUUUGAGUAAAGGGGAAAAAGGGAGUACCAAGAAAUAAACCUCUCAGAGCGAGGGAGAGAACUAACAGCAAAUUUAACCCACUUGUGGUAUCAAGGCUGGGUUUUCAACCUGGGCUGCAUUGGUGGGAUGCGAUUGCUCUCACUACUACAUAACCCUCUCUUCCCAUAUUAUAGCCUAUUAUAGCACCAUAGUAAAGCCUAUUGCAGCACGCACUGGAUAACGUGGUAUCUGUACAUUGUACAUUGUACAUGUGUUUGUAUUAAUGAGGCUAACUAUCUAUAAGAAUCUGUGGAUCAGACUAGGAAAACAAUGGGCCAGUUAUUUAAGUGGAGUUUAGCCCGUGUUUAACAAAACCUUGUUCUAAGUCAUUUUCAGUUUGCCCAACUUUUUCAUCUUAACAUCAUUUAUAGUUAACAAUCUCAAUAAAGCAUAUUGCUUAGACUGGAAAAGCACUCAUUAGGGACCUUUAGAUUCUGAGACGAGAAAGACUACAAGUACAAGAUUUUCUCAAUACUGAGUAUUGCUCACCUGAGAACCAGUGUCAUUUUGGCGGGAAAACGUGAUAGCCAUUGUCAUGCUACUACGAGUUUAGUGAGAAUGUUGUUGUGACGGGAACAGUAUAAACGUAAGAAGUUUUAUCAUUCUUCUACCGGAAGAGGGCCUAGCCUCCUUCAGUAUGAAUAACCGUGCAAACUUUUUUGGUGAAAAAAAGUAAAAUGAAACUUUCCAGGGUGUCUUGGUUUUGAGAACACGCGCAAAAACUUUAAGUUAAAUCUCGUACUCGUAUUCGUUCUCGUCCUCAAAUCUAAAGCUCUCUAUUUUCUUAAAUCAACCCACUAAAAAAGAGAUCUGGAAGUCCAGUGAUUUCUUAAACCACAGCUUAAGUUAGACUUCAUUUAAAUAAUUGACCCAAUGUGUCUGUCUGCAUUAAUGGGGGUCCAGGUUAACUGACGAGCUUGACCCAGGGAUAAGGAAAACUGUCUGUAAUGUCAAGGAGUCCAUAUCAAGCAGGAAGUGGGGUUCAACUGUAGGGAGUGAUAGGGAUAACCUCUGACGUUUCCUUUCAUGUAUCCUUACAUAAUAAAUAUUUGAUUUGAUUUUAUUUGAACUGGGUUCUCUCAGGUUUUUUCUGUUUACAUGUGUGUGUAAAAAUAUAAUUAAAGGAUAAGAUUUAAUAUCACUGAAAUCUUUCACAUGCUGAGUAAAAGAUUAAUGAUAUUACCAAAUGAAACAUUAAUGUUUUGUUUUUCUUUUGUUUCUAUUGUUUCAGCAAAGCAGACUUUGUCUCCAGGGUAAAGUACAACAAUAAUCUACCAGACAUUCCUUUUGAUGCCAAGUUUAUUGCCUAUCCCUUUGAGUCAAACCGGUGAGUAUAAUACUUUAUUAGAAGGCUUAAAUUGUGUGUUUUAAGUCUGUCGUUUUUCUUGUAGCGACGAUGAUGAUAAAACUCAGACUCUCUUUUGAAUAACAGAUUUGUGGAAUACAAGCCAACCUCACUUGAGAAAAACUACAGACAUGAGAUGUUGACAGAGGUUGAUCUUGGGGUCAAUAUUGAUCUUAUUGACCCUGAUACAUAUGCCCUGGAUCCUAAUGGUAAGGAGAUAAUAAAUAUGAUAGUGAUGAUGAUGAUGGUGAUGAUGAUGAUGAUAAUGUUGAUGAUGCUGAUGUUGAUGGUAAUGGUUAUAAUACUUAAGGGAACACCUAAAAUGCGAAGAUUUAGUGGUUGGCUUUCUUAUAUACAUGUAAGGUGGUUGCUUACGAGAUUGGAACCACAUGGGGUCCCUUCCGAGAAGAGGCCCCUACACAUCAACGUUUGGGCAGAGAAUUUUUUGCAUGCAAUAUCUAAGUUAUGAUAUGUGUAGUUCUACAUGUAUGUUGUUUUGAAAGCUUUCCAUAUACUUCGAGUGGUGUAGUACGUUUAACUACAGUGAACAAAGAAACCACGCCAUGCAAAAGCAAGUGGUCACUUGCAUGAGGUUUAAAACAAUGAAGGGCAAAAAGUGACCUCGGUGGCUUAUGAGAGACAGUCGCUUAGAAGAUGUUUUUAAUAUACAAGUGCUUUGGAGCUUUAAAGCCACGUACAAAUGGACGCAACAACUCAUGUAACAUUGUUGGGCCAAGAAUGUUUGGAGUUGUUGCUUAUAUUUGCACGUAGCUAAAAGUUUGACGGGGUUCAAACUUUGCGCAAGAACUCCCAACAACAUGCAACAGGGUGUGCAAGUGGAUGCAACAUUUAAUGUCCAACAAUGUGGUGUCCAUUUGCACAGGGCCUAACUGGGAAAGUUUUUGAGUGUAGUCGCUCGUGGGAGACGGUUAGUUUCAGCAGGUAGUCACAUAUGGAGGUUCAACUGUAUUUAAACUGGCUCUUUUGUGGGUUUACAGUGCAAACUCUUUUUUACAACACCCAAGGAAGUACAAAAAUACAAGUUAAUUUUACCACUGCGUGAUGUGUUGUGCAAGAAAUGUGCAUAAGAAACAAACCAAUCAGAAAAGGAUGUCGAUAUUCCUUUAAACCAGCAUAAUAUUAGAAACAGUGUUUGGAAGCCAUUACACUGAUGGAUUACAUCAAGGUGUUUAGUGACAGAUCCAAUGGCACUGUAAGCUGGUUCAAGUCAAAUUAGAGUGCUCAAUGAUAUUUUCAGCCAGACAGUGAUUUGGUCUGACCUUUUCCUUUUGACGUUUGCUUAAUUUCUUGUUGUCGUAUUACAGUUUCCCUUGACCCUGACGACGAAAAGUUGCUGGAAGAAGAUCCAAUAAACUUACCAGAUAAGAAACGGUAUGAUAACAUCUGCAGUCUACCCUGGCAUCUCAUGUCUUAUUCUUUUCAUCUUGAACCUUACCAUAGUACAGUUAACUAUAAAUUACAGUCUUUACCAGCCUUGACUUUUACUAUUAAAAACAGUGCAAGUUUGAAUAAUGUUACUUGAGCUUUUGCUAGUUAAACGUGCGCCUUCAUUUUGUUUCUAUUUCUAUGAACAUAGUGACAGGGACUGUUUGACAGAAUUACAGUUAUGACCCAAAUCAUUUUGUUUAAUGUUACAAAACCGUGCCAUCAACCGUCAUUCCUGAAUAAGGCCAAUGGAAUGUACCCUUGUUAUUCAUUCAUUUGAUUGUUAAAUUUCGUACAUUUGAGAGAAUGACUUUCGUAUUUUUUUCUCCUUUCCCUGAUGUACAGGACUGCGCAUCACAACAGAAAUGUAUCCUGGCUCAGAAGAACCGAGUAUAUUUCAACUGAAUAUAACAGAAGUCGCACAAGUAAUGAAAUGGUGGAAACAAAGUAUGUCAAACUCUUGAAUCCAAUUAAAAAGCCCUCAUAGACAAUAUUAUUAUAAUUAUACAAAGCAGCUUUUUUAUUUGGAAAAAAGGAAAUUGAUGCAAAUUGACAGUGGCAACUACAAUCCUGGCGAAAAGGUUUUAGGACACCUCACCUUUUUCACGUGUUUUUGUAUGGAAUUUGCAGCUAAGCUGUGAUACACACUCAUAAACACGGCCUUAACAAGAUUAUUUUCCACCCCCCACCCCCCUCCUGAACAAAGAACAAAGUUCAGGUCCUUAACGUGUGCAGGAUAAUGUGAAAGGUGUUUGACUUGUAACACCCAACACUGUCCAAGUGGGGAGAGGGGUCAACUUGAAUUACAUUUUCCUCACCUGAAAGACAAAGUGUUCCAAACCUUUUGACCAGGAUUGUAGUUCUUAGGAUGUGUUUUGACCUUGUUUAUUGUUCUCUGACUCACAGGGUUGGCUUUAAUGUAAAAAAGAAAUUCCAAGGAACAGACAUUUACAAGGUACUGUAACUUGUCUCUGCCUCUGUUGCUGUGGUAUAUGUAUAUUAAUAAUGGUAAUAGGACUGAGUGGAGUUCAAUUCGGUGUGUAAUCAUACAAGUGAUUAACAAAAUCAGACAACCGCUUAACAGGAGUCUGAUUUGUUUAAUCAUGAGUAUGAUUUCAGACCAAACUGGAUGACACAAACUUCUGUCACCAAUUAAUCAGUUCUAUAACAAAAUUUGUUAUAUUUCAGGCUUUUUUCUAAUUAAGACCCAAGGAAUUCCUGGAGUUUUUUUUGCUAGCAGUGAAAAAAGCCGCUUAAGUGUGCAUGUGUGAUGGCAUGUACUGUCCUAUUACACUGUCCUAUUAGUGCAGAAAUCAGGACAGUUGAUAGCCAAUCAAAUUUGAGAAUUUUGUUCAUAGUGUUUACUAGUACAUUGCUGUUAAAGGAACUGAACUCAAUAUACGAGAGCUUAAGUGUAUUAUUGGUUUCAUUGCAGGAUCGUGAAAGUCAGAUAGCAGCAAUUGAAAGUACCUUUGAUGCAGCACAGAGACCUGUAAGUAAUGUCAGACUGCAUGUACUUGAUGUGUAAAUUUUAAAUUGUUUUAAAGGCAAAUCACUGUGCAGGCAUAAAUGAUCAUGCAGUGUACAUACCCUAUCAAAAUGUACGUCUUAUAAAGAAAGAAAUUCCGUACACAAAUGUAGCUAGAUGUAAUAAACUAUAACGUCUUCCCCAUAACUGUGGCUUUGCACAUUUAGUGACACUAAGCUUUCAAUCCUGGUCAUUUUUGUUGUGUCACUGAGGCUUCGUUCACACAGCACCAGACAAAUUCUUGACUAGCUGAAAAAUUUGACUUAACAAUUCCUUUACAUGGAACAGCUCAAUAUUUUCGCUCUGUUCACAUGUGACAACGACUUUGUUGUACAAGAAGACGGUAAUUGUGCUCACACCAUGCUGGUCAAAUUUUUAUUAUACCAGCUAAAACUUUGACCACUAUUCUGGUAUUCAAAUUAUUGAACAGUUAGGGUUGUUCCGUGUGAACAAAACACCUCAACACAUGAAUAUUCAACCAAACAAAAAAUUGUCCAGUACUGUAUGAACGUAGCCUGAGUAUUAAUUUUGCUUGUCUGUUUCAGAUUCUUCGCCAUCCAACCAAGCCCAAUGUCACACCCGUGGAAGUCUUACCGGUCUUCCCAGAUUUUCAGGUAGUCUUCACACAUUUACAUGAAGUAAUCUAUCAAACACAGGACACAUAGUUUCAUCACGUAACAAGAAAGUAGAAAAUGUGAUGGGUAGAGGAGUACUUUUGGUGGGCUGUCUUUGUUUUGUUUGAUAUUGUCAAGAUGAACACUUUGUAGAGUGUUUGAGAAAAAAGUAAUCCAUUAUGUUGUAAACACAUCAAUUGCAUGUAGUAACACAAGCAAAGUACAAGUGUCUGUGCUCAACAUCAAUUUAAAAACACACACCAAGGCUGUGCUCUAAGAAAAAUUGAAGGGAGCCCAUUGUGAAAUCCAGAUUGAUUUCUAUGAAAAAGCUGAGACUUUCUAGUCGCCAGAGAACAAAAGUUAGGCACCACGGGCCACCGGGCUCUGCUAGAGCACAGCCUUGCACACCAUUACAACUGUAUAUAAAUUAUUGAGCAAACUAGCCCACACACAACUGUAUCUAGGUAUCUAGUUGAAAGAAAACAGUGCAUACAGAAUGUACAGUACCACCCAAGUCACUUGCGUCACGAUCCUUGAGGCUUUAGACUCGAUUCCUUUGAGUUUUAAGAGGCAAGUUCAGAGUCGAUAAAUACAAAAAUGUAUAAUAAACUCUUACUCUUGACUGAUCUCUUGAGUAAUAAUUAAAUCAAACAGACUUCACUCUGUUUCAAAGGAUCAUGAAGUUGAAACAUCUUCUGCAAUCGCCUUGCUUACCUUUUGUGAUGAAACAAAAUUUGAACUUUCAAAACAUAUCAGCACACAAAGGGCCAGUGGAACAGCCUACAAAAUUCCUUAUACAGUUAUUUAUUUACAAACUUCACCAAAAAGCCUGGUACACUCACAGAGCAAGCUCCACUAUGAGCUCCAGUACAAAGAGUAAUACAAAUAAACAAAUGAAUAAAAGGAUGCAACAGUGUUUUCUGCCCUUGACUGCUGGCCUUAACACUCAUAGUGUAGCAAGUAAGGUACCCUACAAUUUUUUCCAAUUGAUGUUUGAGAUUGAACUAAGUCUUUUUUCUCAUGUUCAUUGUUACCUAUAUCCAGAUGUGGGCCCAGCCCUGUGCUCAUGUUAUAUUUGAUACUGACCCCACCCCGCGAGGGAGAAAUGGGCCUGCAGAGGAGGAAGAAAUGUCUCAAGCGAUGAUCAGGUCAGUAACAGAAAUGUUAACCCAUUGGCUCUUGGAAAAAUGCCUUUUGAAGCUAGUCAAGCUGUUUUCUGGUUGCUGCAAUAGAGGGUCAUCCGUUACUCCGACAAAUUUAUGCAUGGCAUUGUAUUGUAUUGUCUUUGCAUUACGAUACUGUACAAAAACGUAACAAUAAAGAAAGAAAGCAAAAUAAUGAGAAAUUUAGCAAAGUCAUGCAUACAAAACUGUAAAUUUGUCAGAGUAUUGGACAAGUAUGCCGCAGUACUGCUAGGCUUAAAGGAAUCAAACCUUGCCAAAACAUCUCUGAUAAUUAUAUCAAGCACUAUACUCCCUUCUGUUUCCAGUGCUACAUGUCAACUUCUAAAGUUUUGGCAUGCACAAAAGGCAAAAUUUCAAGAUAAUUACCCCCCCCCACCCCCUCUUAUGUCUCCUGUACCUUUUGCUUUUUCUGGGCAUUGGCUUCCUUUAAUUUUUGGUGGGAAAAGGUUUUGCAAAAACUGAUUAGAUGGAAGGUGGGUAGUGCAAGAUUUUCAUUGGAUUUUUCGGGCCAACUUUAUAUGAUAUCAUUUAUGGUCCUUUGCAUUUUUCCCUACUUUGUUUGACUGAAUUGGCUCAUUCAGAUAUGGUUUGACCAUAUGCUACAUUUACCUCCAAGUAUGUUGAUUUUCUAGAGUGGAAAGUUUAUAUGAAGCAUUGUUUUUUCUUCUUUUUAGAGGUAUGGUGGAUGCAAGUGGAGACCAGUUUGUUGCUUACUUCCUUCCAACCAGAGAGACCAUUGGAAAGAGAAAAAGAGACCUUGAAACUGAAAUGGACUAUACUGAGGAUGAGGAGUGAGUAGAAGUGAACUCUUUCAAGUGCAGCUCAGUGUGCAUGCAUUACAUAGAGCUGACAUUUCGCAUUGCCACCAAAGCUUUCCUCAUAAAAUGAAGUCUGAGAAACCAGCGCAGAAAUUUCAUACUGAUGAAGUUUCACUACGCAGUUUCACUAUCAGUUGUGCUACGAGGCCAAUCAGAAGCAUUACCUAGAUCUGGGUAAUGGAAUGUCCAGUAUUGAAUUUCUGCAGUCAUUUCUCAGAUGUCCGAUGUUAUUUGCCCCACUUCAACUAUCUGCUGAUAGAAAUCAUGAGUUCGCUGUUUUGCAUUAGAUAAAAUUAAUAGUAUACAGUGAAACCUGUAUUAAGCCGACACCGUAUUAAGCACACACCCUCCAUUAAGCAGACAGUAGCCGAAGUCCCCAAAUUUAUUUCGCUUAUUUACUUUAAAUGAAACCGUUAUUAAGCGGACACCUCUAUUAAGCGGACGCGGACACCUAAAUAGUACCUGAAAUGGUCAUUUCUAUUGUUGACCACCUGUAUUAAACGAACACGUGAAUUUAAAUUCCAGCACCCAACAUGCCAGACGCUGGGAAUGCGAAAGAUUGCCACCCACAAAUUUUUCCAUUUUUACUGUUUCACAGUACAGUAUUGUUUUCUAUUUCGUUUUGUUUCUAUAGAGCUUGUUUCACUCAUCUAAUUUCUUCAAAUUUGAGUUGUAAUAUAUGUUUAUGGUACUAUGAUCAAUAUUAUUGGUCCACUUUAAUAAAGAAAUUAAUGGAAACGUAUAUCGUCAUAGUCUCUGGGAAUAUUCUAAACGUUUCCACUGUUCAUUUGAAUGGCAUUUGACACCUCAUAUGACAUUAUUUAUCGAAACCUGUAUUAGGCGGACACCCUGUAUUAAGCUGACACUACAGCAUUCCCCGAGGGUGUCCGCUUAAUACAGGUUUCACUGUAUUUGACAUCCUUUUUUUUGCAAUUAUUCAAAUUAGAAUUAACUUUUUUUUUUCUUUCAGAUAUGAAUACAAAAUGGCACGUGAAUACAACUGGAAUGUAAAGAAUAAAGCAACCAAAGGAUACGAGGUAUGAUCAUAGCUCCCAGUCGCCUUAUUUCAAAGCAAGUGGGAUUAUUAAAACACGUUAUUGUAGAAUGUUUUAUUAUUUUUGGUAUAAUAUACAAUGCUCUUCCUAAAAGAAAUGCCUGCACUAGCAGUCAAAAGUAUUGAAUUGCCUUGCCUUAAUGCAUGUAGCUAAUGUGGUUCUCUUCUUUCAUUUACCUGACUAUCUAUUCUCUUUGUGAUAGGAAAACUAUUUCUUUGUUUUCCGAGAAGGAGAGGGAGUUUUCUACGAUGAGCUGGUAACAAGGUAAGGAAGUCUAAGACAUUUCAAAUGAUCUUGUGUCCUCAAAUUAGGUUGUGUAAUAUUAUUGUCAGUGAUACUGUGAAGCGGUGGUUGAAUUCUUGGCACAAUUAGCUCCUACUUUGGCAGCUGUUUUUGCACAUGUAGCUGAACUCUGAUGACAAACCAUUUUUAAAUAAUGAAAAAAUCCGAAAAUAAGCCUCAGGGCUUAUAUUUUUCAAAGGCCCUUUUUGAGGGGCUUAUUUUCAGAGGGGCCUAUAUUGAGAGGGGCUUAUGUACGGAGGGAUAUUUGUGUUUUAAAAUUGAUUGGGCUAGCUUGUAGUGGAAAGGAAAUUUACCAUUUUUGCUUUGUUUCACUUUGUAUUGGAGGGCAAAUUCCAAAUACAAGCCCCCCGGGGGCUUAUAUUGAGUGGGGCGAUUUAAUGGAGGGUUUUUUGCGUUACAGUUUUGGGGGGGACUUAUAUUUGGAGGGGCUUACUUUCAGAUUUUUACGGUAUAUUCAUGUCUCCCCGCUGUUCUGUUUUUACUGGCACUUUGUAUGAACAUGUUACUCUGUCCGUAGACUAGCUAGCAAAAUAUUACUGUCAAGGCAGGUGAAGCAUACCCCCCAAGAUUCCAUUAAUGAAUUUAUUAUUCAAAAGUUGAAUGCAUUGGUAGUUAAGUUGUAGAUUUUGGAUUCAUCUGCAUUCUUGCAUGCAUAAUGGCAGUGAAUUCACCUCAGUUUUCCUAUAUUUGAUGGCAAUGUCUUCAAAGCAAUUUUGUCCGUUUAAAGGUUUUCUAAUCUGACCAAGUACAGAGAAGUUAUUGUAAAAAAUUGACUGCUCAUUAUGUAUGCAGGAAUGCAGACUUGAAUUUGAUACUGGUUGUGUAACAACCCACACAUACAUUUUUCAAAUAAAUUAUUCAUAAAUGUGAUAUAGGGAGGUAUGCUUGACCUACCUAAGUCGACUGUAAAGGUGUAAGACUCUCAGUAACCCAAGCACCCCAACCUCCUUCAUAAGUAAUGAAAAUGUAGGGUUUGAGUUAGUCUAACUCUGUAGUAUUACUGUACAAUGUAUAAUUACAUUCAUUUGUAUAAUUUAUUAUCUUAUUUUAGGGUUCAUCUGAGCAAGCGACGAGUUCGUGGUGGAGCUGGUGGUGUGCAAUCAGCUGUUUCACAGUUAGUUGUUAAACACAGAGAGUUGGAUGACAAUGAAAGAAAAGCACAGGUUAGAAUAACAUAUUAUGUAUGGAGAUUUGGAUGUCCUUGUUUGUAACAGCUGUAGGCCAGCUGGUAGAUGGAAGUUUUACAAAUCUGGCAAUGAUGGUGUCAAAAAUGGUGUUGCAACUUAAUUGACUAAUCAGAUCAAUAACCACAGUAUACCAUCAACUGACGUGAUACAACUCGCUGUGACUAUGAAGAUGACUACCCCACAGGUUGUCGAAACGUCUGUCACUGUCAACAACAGUCCUAUUCAGGACUACGUUCACCUGGACGAUCAUACUCAACCUACUUAUGAAAUGGUGACUAGUGUUGGGAAUCAGCUGAGAUUUCAUAAUCAAUCAGAGAAAAAAGACCCUUCCACGUUUUUUCUUUUAAUUUUUAUUAUAGGGCAGUAAGCGAAUAUCCAUCGAUAGAGGGCCUUAGAAUACAGUAUAUUGCUCCAGAAAGUUGUGAAAUUAACUGCAACUAACUGUUGCUAGUGAAAAGUUGAAAAAGAAAGUGGGUCUAUUAGACUGAUCCAACCAAUCAAUCUUUUUUUUAUCAUAGUAAUAAUAAUAAUAAUAAUAAUAAUAAUAAUAAUAGUAGUAACUCAUGUUUUAACAUUUUUAUUUGUGCAAUAAUAACUUCUUUUAUUUUUCCUCAAUACUCAAUUGAACAUUUCCCAUAAAAUUAUUGAUUAUUGACAUCAAGGUUUUUGAUUACAAUCAAUGACUGGCACAUGAAACAAUGAACAUGAACAUUAACAUACAUGUACAGAUAAAUGUAUACACACACAUGUAUGUACUGCAAGGACAUUUCCAUCAUUCUUGAUUACCUUUCAAACUUAAGACUGUAAGACUGCUUCGAAAAGUUAUUGCCUCUGGGAUUUGGUCAACUUGGUUUCCUUGUUUGUGUGUUUCUUAUAAACAUUGUUUUAUCAUGAUUUAAUGGCAUGUUCAAGAGCUGAACUCUAGUUGUGGUUUUUUUCUGUCCUCAGCGAAUGCGCAUGACUCAGUUAGAUACUGCUGUGGCUGAGGAAGAAGAAGAGGAAUUUGAAGAAGAAGAGGGUGAUGAAGAUGAAGAAGGUGCUGAUGAAGCAGAAAAUGAGGAAGAAAAUCCUGCUGAGGAUGGGCAGGAGGAGGAAGAAAAACAAGGGAAUGAUAGUGAGGAUGAAGACAUGAAAGAUGAUGAUGAUGAUGACGACGAAGCUGAGAAAGAGAGUAACGACGAGAAAGAUGAAAAGGAAAGCAGUGAAGAGGAAGGGUCAAGUGGUGAAGAGUCAGCUAGUGAUGAGGACGAAGAUGAUGGCUGA